AUGGAGGGUAAGAAACCCAAGACUAUCUUUACUGAUCGAUGUCAGGCAAUGGCAAAUGCCAUUGAGAAGGUCUUCCCUGAGACACGUCAUUGUUUAUGCUUGUGGCACAUAUCAAAGAAUGCGGUACAAAACUUGAAUUGGCUGUACAGAAACUCUGAUUUUGGUGAGCUCUUCAAGAAGUUGCUUUUUGGAUGUGUGACAGAAGAUGAAUUUGAGUCUACGUGGGAUGAAAUAAUACAGAAGUUGGACCUUGCAGGGAACACAUGGCUCCAGACACUCUAUAAUCUUCGUGAAAAAUGGUGUGCAUUAUUUAGCAAGGAUACAUUUUCUGUCGGAAUAUUAUCUACACAAAGAAGUGAGAGCACAAACAAUGUGUUUACCCUCAUGUCUACUAAAACACUGAGUCUCACUGAAUUUGUGCAUCAUUAUGAUAAACAGGCAGAACAAAUGCGUUCAAGUGAAUUGGAAGAGACUUUUCGAUGCAAUAACGGAAUACCUACUAGGGCUGCAAAAAGUAGUGGAAUUAAGAAGCAAGCUGGUAUGGUCUAUACUCGAAAAAUUUAUAAUUUAUUUGAGUUUGAGUUUAUCGCUAGCUUGGCAGUGAAGAUGGAGGAAGUUGGAAGUGAUGGGACAUUACAGACAUUUGAGCUUAAUGAGGAGGGCCAUAAAAGAGUGUACAUUGUCCAAUUCAAUUCUUCGAAUCUGACCAUCUCCUGUAGUUGUCAGAUGUACGAAUCUAUGGGCUGGUUAUGUCGUCAUGCUUUGAGGGUUUUGAAUGUGAAUAAUAUUACUCAAAUACCGACACAGUAUAUACUAAAGAGAUGGACAAAGGACGCAAAGAAAGGAGUUGAGGCAAAUAGUGUACCAGUACAAGUCAAGGAGAAAACAACGGUGACAUUGCGAAGGAAUACUUUAAUGCGAAAGGCUUAUGGUAUAAUCAGUAAGGGAGCAGAGACAACUAGUGGUAGUGACAUUGCUAUGCAGAAACUAAUAGAAGCAGAAGAAUUAAUUGAAAAGAAUAUGAAGAAGUUAUCUAUUGCGGGAGUUCUUAAGGUUAGCUAUACUAAUGCUUCUGCUAGUGGUGCUAACAAAAAUGAUACUUCAUUUGAGGAAACACCAGUACUAAAUCCAGCAGGAAAAGUCAAGCCACCGAUCAGUGGAGGGCCUUCACACACAUCACUUCAUGUAGUGCAUAAUUCAAGCUUGUCUCACCCAUUUGUUGCAUCGAAUGGUACAAAUACCAUUAAUGAGCAAUUUCCAACUAUGAGCUUGCCAACAACUAAUGUUUAUGCUCCUUAUGGUCUAUAUAAUCAGAAUCCUACUUCUAUGUUGCCAUUUUCUCAAGUCAAUUUAACAUAUGCAAAUAUGCAUCAAGGGGGUAACUAUAUCACACAAUUGAAUCAGGAUUCUUACUCAAGUAGUUACGUGCAACAGUCCGAUAGAGGAAAAGAAGUCUAA